AGCCCCCCCGCCGUCUGCCAUCUCAAUAUAUCCUACCACGACUCUAGCCUUGUCCCCGAGGUAGAGCUCAGCUGUUCCUCCCCUUUCUUUCCCCACCCCAUGCUCCCAGGCGAUCCUUUGAGUGCUAUCCACCUGAUUCCUUGUGAUUUUUCCAUUCUAUUCUGCUUCCCUCCUUUUCACUCUCCAUCUUUUUUUUAUUUUAUUUUUUUGACCAAAGGUAGCCUGGGGACGAAUGGGCUAUCCUCUUUUCGAAUAUGGGCAUCUUCAGCUUUCUCUCAAGAAAGUCUCAUGACAAGCACAAGGCUGCUUCUCUAAGAGCACACGCCUAUGACACGACAGCCGCUGGGACUGUCCCUCUUCAAGGAGCAUACCCAGUAGCAGGCAAUGGUCCCAAUGUUUUCGAUACGCUGUCUGGGGGACGACCAGACUCUCGUCAUGCACAGCUUUCGUCGACGGUGCCGGAUAAUCACAACGGAGCUGCGCCUGCCCCUGGGGUUCCUCGCUAUCGAGACCCGACUACUGACCGACCAAACACGGCUCCCAGUGGGCAGCCAACGUUGCAACAUGUGAGCUCCGGGACCAGGUUGAGGAAGGCUGCCAAGAAAGGUCCUCCCAUCUCUUUCAAGAUGCUUCGAAGCGUUGGCUCUACCAUCAGUGGCGGCUCGCGACCAGGAUCGAAGGGUUCCGAGUACGAAAUCAAGAGUACCUUGCAAGGGACCGUCAGCCAUUCACGCUCCAGCUCAAUGCGUAGCGAAAGUGGCAGGUUCAGAGAUAUCCUCGACGCCCAUUCCGAGCUCAAGCCUCCCGACUUUCGAGCCAGAGUCAAGGCUGCCGGUGCCAAGGACUAUGGAGAGGACGUUGCCGAAAGGAACAUGGGAGAAAAUGGGUUUGAUCUGGAGUCAGAGCAUGUCAAGGCCUUCUACAACAGCCAUCCGAGCGCACCCCGGCCGAGAAGGUCAGCCCCUGCUCUCAACCCAAGAAGCUCGAGGCACACGAUUCGGGAGGCACAGAAUGGUCAACAACCACCAAAAAGGCCGAUGGCCCCCCCACCUGCUUCCAUCGCCCCGUCUCAGCGCUCUCUGCCCCAAGCACUGCCGGGCCAGACGCCCCGACACAAGCCCGCCGAGACCGCCCUGUACGCUGACAUGAAAACCACGGGCGGCGGACACCUGAAGCGACGGGUAUCAGUCAACACCUACAUGCCUCCAGCUUCCUUCCAGAACACCAGCGCCGUCUCCUUGAGCAAGGUGCACGGCUCAGAGAUCAACACCAUCGACCUGGACAUUCUGAAGCCGCCGAUUGUGAUGGGCGCUCCGAGGACAAGCGGGGAGACCCCGCGGACGGCGAGGAUACCGCGGGAUUCGGUGAUGCUCGCGAGGAGGAAGGUGUCGAUACCGGGCCACCUCGCUCGGCGUGACAGCUCUUCUCCAGAAAGGACGUUUUCUCUCCGGUCAGCUACCACCCGACCCCAGCACCACCACCAGCGUGCGUCAAUGAGUAGUUCAACCAGCGCAUCGUUUUCCCCCCGCCACCGUCACAGUUUACACACGUUGCACUCGUCUAUUUCUUCGUCUGGUGUUCAGAGCUGGGAUGGCAGCUCGUUUCUUCAGGGAACAACAACAACAACAACAACAACAACAACACCGCUGGCUUACCCGCGUCGUCUUCACACUGCUACUCAACCCUUUCAGCCACCGUCCGUAUCUGAGGUUGAUGUUGACGCUGUGGAUGAUUGGGUGGAAUUUUGUUCUUCCCACAAGACAGCUUCUACAACCCCUAAACCUACCGCUUCCUCAUUGGCAAACCUGGGGUUUCGUCGUCCCCUCUCCAUGAUGAGAAGCACACCGCCACCGCCGCCCCUGAACCCCCCCGCCCGACCGGCAACCGCUGUACCGUUUGAGAUCCCUGAACAUCACGUCCCGAUUCGCACGAGGAGUUUGAGAGGUUACUCGGCCUCGUCCGGGACACCGACCACGCACACCGUCACGGUUAGAUCCUCCUCCAGUCCUGGACGUCCGCAGUCACGAACGACGGUCACGUCUGCGUCUGUGGAUGAUGACAGUCUGGCGCCCGAGGCGGUCAAGCUUGCUGAGGGGGAGGAUGAUGAUGGGUUUAAUAUGGAUGAUCACAUUUCUUCGGAUGAGGUCGAUAGCGUUCUCGGGGGUGGGGGGAAAAAGCCGAGCGGAGAGGGGGAGGAGGAGCUGCUCUGGAAGGAGGAGGGGUAUGGGGGUGGGGGGUUGAUGUUGCCGGGGUUGUGGGAGGUUUUUCCGGAGGCGAAGGUAAAGGGGAGUUAUGAUGGGAUUGGGGAUAGUUUUGGGCCUAGGGGCGGGGGGAGGAGGAGGAGGAGGAGGAGGAGGUAUGUGGUUGAUACGGGGGUUGAGUAUGGGAGUAGUGGUGAUGAGGGAGAGGGGUUUGGGGAGGAGAGGAGAGAGGAGGAGGAGGAAGAGGAGGAGAUGGUGAGGGGGAGGGGGGUGGUUGUUGGAAGGGUGAGGGGCAGGGGAAGGAGAAGGGGGAAAUUGGAGGGGAUUUAUGGAGAAAAGAAGGGGAGUGAUGCUGAUGAUGAGGAGGGGACGCCGAGGGGGAGGAGGGCGUCAGUGGGGAGUUAUUACAUGGAGUUGAGGGAGAAGGUUGGGGUGGGGGUUAUUGAGGAGGAGAAAGAGGUGAUGGGCAAAGUGGAUGCGGCUGCUGCGGUUAGGAUGAGGAAGCAGGUCAAGUGUGCGGAGAGGGCGGCUGGUGGGGGGAGGGUUAGGCUGCGAACGGGAGGGGAGGGGGCGGCGAAUAUUGGGGUCAGGAGGAACAAGUCGGUGCCGGUGUUGUGUGUUGAAGGGGAGGAGUACAGGGGGUGAAUUUGUGUUUCUGGUAGGCUUUGGUGUUUUGGAUUUUGGUGCGAAUAGGUCGGCACUGUUUGGGUUUUGCUGUUUGUUUUGGAUUUCGGACACUCAUUGCUAGGGAGUUGUUGGGUUUUCUUUUGUUUCCUCGAGGGGUCGGUUAAUACUCUCUGAAUGAAUGGAGGCCGGAGGACCUCACGGGAGGAAGACUGGCGAGCGGACAAAUGGCAUCGAGAUACCACGGCAGCAACAACGACAUUGACGGGACAUUAUCAUCUUUCUUACGGAAUGGGACACAAAAUGGCAGCACAACAGCAUAUGACGGCGGCAAGGCAAAGGCUAGUAGGCCGGGAAAAGGGGGAAGGCAUUGGCUUACUUACAUCUAUCUGUCUGGCUUUGGCAUGCAUUGGGUACAUAGAUUGGGUGUUUUCUUGGUGGGAAUCACAUUUGGAUAUAUUUAAGGGGUGAUAAUGUAUGGGAUGGGAAUCCAAAAUGAUAAACACAUUUUUGCAC